AUGGCGGGCGGAGGAGCGGGCAGAGGUGCCGGCCAGUUCGCUAGGGCCUCGCGGCGGCCGGCGGAGCGGCACGAGCGGCCGCGGAUCCGGAGGCCCCCGUCCGUGCUCGUGCUUUCAGGCCUCAUCCGCAUGCGUUCCCGCCACGGAGGAUCUUUCGGCGGAGGCAACGCGGGGCCAAGCUCUACAAGGGUAAUUUCGGAACUCCAGCACGGCCCAAACGGUGAUUACGGGCCGACCCUUAUCAUUUCCUCUCCCACCCCGUCGUCCUCGCUCCCUUCCCCGAUUGAACGCCGCCUCCUCUCCUCCGAUCCCACACCGCCGCCGCGCCCUCCCGUCUCUGGCUCCGACGACACGCCGGCAAGCACCCCCACCACCAAGGCUGCCACCUCUCCCCCCUCCCCGUUCCGAAGUCCGUCAAGGCGCCCGGCGCCGCGCCUCCGGUCCCCUGUUGCAGAGGCCCCAAGGACCAGGGGCUGCGCUGUCCAAGGCAACGGCGUGCAGCUGCAACUCGCGGUGGCGGUUGCGGUGCCAGUGGCGCUCGUGGCGAUGGGCAGCGUGUCUCGGCAAGCAGCGGCAGCGGCUCGCGGCCUCGACGGGGCCCUUACCUGCGGCGAGGCACGAUGGCGGCAACAGGGCAAUGGUGGCCGCCACGGUCAGGUGCCGAACCUCGGUUGUAGUUUAUCGAUCAUGGAUGACCUUCUUAACAACUACGCAGAGGAGAUGGUCAAUUAUUGCACAAUGGCUUCAAACAGUAGUUUCCUCGAAAUGUUGGCUUCCACUGUCGAUCUUCUGAAAGAGAAGGAACUACUGUACCAAUUUCAUAAUUAGAGAAGCAACUUGACCCUCUAGCUUGUCACGCAAAGGUUGACGAGAAGAGGUGUAAAUGUAGGACAUAUGCAACACUUUUCUCGCUCAUGUUAAUCAUGUAUGUUGCUAGAGUAUUAAUCCUCAUUGUGUAAAUUUCAUCUGUUCAAAAUCUCCAACCUUCAUUCAUUGUGCUAUCCAAGUUUCUCAUCAUUCA